AAUCGUUACGUCGGGGGGAGCCCCGACGGUCGCCUGCAAGAUGUCAGCGGUGGCUUACAUGGACUUCGUGGCUGCCCAGUGCUUGGUCUCCAUUUCCAACCGCUCCGUGGCACCGCCGGACGUGACCCGCGAAGCCGAGGUCCUGAAGAUGCCCGAGGAGGAAGCCGCCGCCGCCGUCGUGACCAAGGAAAUGAACGAUCCCCGGGACGCCUGGAAGGAUUAUUGCACGCUGGUGACCAUCGCCAAGAGCUUGCUGGACUUGAACAAAUACCGAGCCCUCCCCGCCCCUUCCAUCUGCAGCGACAGCGUGGAGAGCCCCGACGAGGACAUCGGCUCCGACAGCGACGUGACCACCGAAUCGGGAUCGAGCCCUUCCCACAGCCCGGCCGAGGGCCAGGAGGCUGCCCGCGGGCCCGGCGCCCUGGCCCUCCUGCACGGCGGAGGGCCGGCCAAAGGCAAGCUGGCCGCGGAAAAGAGACACAAGUGCCCCUACAUCGGCUGUGGCAAAGUGUACGGCAAGUCCUCCCACCUCAAAGCCCACUACCGGGUCCAUACAGGCGAACGACCUUUUCCUUGUACAUGGCCAGAGUGCCUUAAAAAGUUCUCUCGCUCUGAUGAGCUAACAAGGCACUACCGAACCCACACUGGGGAGAAGCAGUUUCGAUGCCCACUUUGUGAGAAGCGGUUCAUGCGGAGUGACCAUCUGACCAAGCAUGCCCGUCGCCAUACUGAGUUCCACCCUAGCAUGAUCAAGCGAUCUAAAAAGACCAGCUCUGCCUCCUUUUGAAGGAAAGACUACCACCAGGGUUGAGGGUGGGGAGAGGGCCAUCAGUGAAAAAGGCAGAAUGGAUCAGCACAAAUAUGUCCACCACUGUACAGUAAAAUCCUCCUCCCCCUGACUUGCAUUUUUAAAGCACAUGUAGCUGGAAAUUUAAAGAUUUAACAUUUUUGUUCUGUCCACCCUGCUGUGCUACCAACCACAGUCUUAAACCAGUGGCUGUUGGGUGGGCGUGGGGACUUGGGAGGGAGCUGUAUGGGGAUCAGCAGAAAUAAUGCAACUUUUUAUAGUUUAAAAAGAAUCAACACUGGUGUGUGGGUGCAUGUGUGUGAACACAAGACGAGCACACACACACACACACACACACACACACACACACGUCUGUAUAUAAUUAUAUGUGACUGGGUGAUUUGACCUGUGACACCACAGUAGUGAUUCCAAGCUCUUUGUGAUUGCUGUGUCAUGGAGAUGUUUUGUUGACUAAUGUAAUGCUGCUUGUGUUUUAAAACAAAAACAAACAAAAACAAAAAAAAAUCCAGUUUAGUGAAACCACUUUCCAACUCACUUAAGUAUUUUUUUCAAGUAAAGCAAAACAAAAACAUCGUAGCACAUGAUAGAUGGAAUUUCACGUUUCUCUCUCAGUGGUCCACCCUGUUCAAGACUGUUAAGAAAAAAAAAAUCAUCGUUCACAGUACCAGAUUGGUGGAAGAAAACUGUACUUUUCAGCAAGUUAUCCUUUUUUUGAGCUGUUUCCUCCCCCGCCCCAGUGGAAACAUGCACAGAAACCAAUUAUGAAACCAAAAGGAAAACAAGAAAUCAGCUGGCAUCACACACAAGAGGCUAUUCUUUGCCCUGGAGAAAAGAAACAAUGCAACCUAAAUCAUGCAAAGAAAUGUGGUAUGAGACUAUUUUUUUCUCUCCUUUAGCUGUUCCUAGACUUUCAUCUGAAAAGCAACCAUAUACUGUACUGUACUAUACAAAUACCACUACCAGUGCUUUAUUCUGCUGGGUUUUGUUGGAAUGAAUGCAUAACAGCAGCAACCAUCUUGAUAAGCUACCACUUUUAUAAAAGUUGUUUGUUUUUUUUUCCCUCUUGCGACUCUUUCUCUUUUUCUCAAUGGUGCAUUUUCUUCACCUCUCGCCAGAAUUCUGUCUCGGCUAUCGGAACUAUGCGCAUUUGGAGUCGGUAGAGAACCUUUUCCUUGUUUUGUUUUUUUCCGACAGAAUAUUCUCGGUGUGGACGAACGCAAGUAACACUAAUUUUUUUAAACUACUUUUUAACAGUCUUCUUUUUCUUAAAUUGCAGCUGUUAUACAGAGUCUGGGGAAUAACAACCAAACUAACUUGCAAGUCGGAAUUCAGACUCAGAUGCAGGAGGCGUGUCGAAAUACCCUUCGCGACAUAGCCUCACCACUACGUACCUUGCAAUCUCAAUCCUCCGUAUCAGGCUCGAUACAGUUCAUGAUAAUGGCAAUAUUUCAUCUGUUUCAAAUGCUACGGUUUGCUCUUCGGAACAGAGGCACCACCAUCCACAUUGGAGAAAAGCUCUUUGCAUCUAGCCAAGCUGUGUCAUCUUUGUUAAUGUCCAAAGCAUGAACCCGACGAAGGUUGUAAUCCAUGGACGUUCCUUCCCCCGCCCCGUCUCUCGUGGUGAUGGAGAAUCAUGUUUACAGACUUCCCUCCUGUCCUUGACUCUUCUUUCUCCUGAUGGAAGAAGUGGUGCAACUGUCCUUCGUAGGGCUAACUUUGUGGGUGAGGAAAUCACACGGUAGCCAGAGGGAUUACACCUGGAUCGGUUUGCCCAACUUUGUAAAGAAUCUGUACAUACAACCUUGUAAAGUAUACCUGCUAUGAGAGUAUCUUGUUCUUGUUUCAUCCGAUAGAAAGCUAGCUUCCUAGAAAAAUAAAAUAAAACAUCUCAGAGAGUAGAGUAUUCUACAAUUGUCUGUGGCUUCCAGCACUAGAACUCAGUAUGCAUCAAGCAUUUUUACCUGUAUGGCUCAUUAUAAAGUCUGUCUAUGCGAAAAGAACAGCUUUUAAAUAAAGGUGUUGGGGCAAUGAACAACUUAAUGGCAUUUCAGAAGCAAAAAGGAAUGAGUGUUCUUCAGUGAAGACAUGUCAGGAAACCAAGCACACUUUCUACCUCCGUUUCAACUUCUUGAAACGUUUGUUUUAUGAUAAACCAAAAUUAAUUUCUGGUGUCCAAAAUAAAUUGUAGGGAUGUUUGUUCUUCCUUAUAAAAAUAGGUAGCCUGGCUCUUUCUAUUGCUCUAGUGUUGAAAAAAAGUAUUCUGCUUUUAUCAGUACUGUUAAUGCUGCCUUGUUUAAUAAGGGUGAGGACUAUGUGGUUAGUCAGCAGCUCGCAACGUGGUACUAUUCCAAUUGUCCUCCCUUUCUAUAUGAAACCAAUCCUCCGGAGUCUAAGCUCUAGUCUGAGUCCUACUAAACAGUUUGCCAGAUCUUUACUGUUGCUUUGGGGUAGGACAAGUGCAGUUUUAGCAAAAGAGAGCCCAAAAGCUGAAUGCUGUUAUUCCACCUUUUGUACAAAGCAAGCCACAGGCACCCUCCUUAUCAGGUCACAAAGGCAGAUGAGAAUCAUCAGGUUUGGUGAAAUGGUGGUUAGGGCACUUGCCUGUCUCCUGACAGCUGUGGACUUGAUCUCAUAUGAAACGCGGCCACCUCCAGUCCACCCGAAGGUUUUAAGUUGGUCCCUUGGGCUGGAAAGUCCUAGAUGGCCAAUGGUGCUAUUCAUGCUGCUCCCUUGUGGACUUCAGGUCAGGGUAUAGAAAUGAUGGCUUUGCCUUCACCACACCAGCCAAACCAUUUGCAGAAUAGUUUGCCGUGACCUAAUUUGGCAGCAUAUAUUAUUUGAACAACAAAUCAUAGGAACUGCUCCUCUCAUUCCUAAAAGGAUUUCUUAUGGACAAAUCCAACCAUAGGAUGUAUAAAAACAAUGACUAGGUUGAUUUUCUUAACAGCUCUUCCAGCUAUA